GUGGCGCUGCCGCGUCCUGUCCUUCUCUCCUAGCCGUCGUUUCAGGGCCCGAAACAGCAAGCAGUCGUCGCCCUGGUGGAUAGGGCAGGCCGACAGCGAACCGUUCGUUAAGCAGCCUUAGACUCAGCUGAUGGUAGUGCCCGAUUCAAUGUUGUUGUUGUGAUUUGAGGUUAGCCAUUAUCCUACCAUCACAACAAUACCAGGUAUACAAUAAGUAGUUUUAGAAGUAACUGUACUGACGGGAAUAUAUACAGGCGGCUAAGGUUACCGUAAUGAUGAUUCAGAUUGGAGGUGCGAGACAGGCCGAGAUCUAACUGGGCCGGAUAAAAGAAACAGACAUACAAUGCCUGCUUGCCAGUAUGUGCUAUCAACAGUGUACGGCUGAUUCAAAGUGACAACAACGGCGCCUGUUACGUUCGCCCUUCAGAACGGCAUUCUAACGGAGGCGUCAGCAACGUCGAUAGCAGAUUUCUCAUUGACUCGCGUCAGGGAAGCGAUAUGCAAAAUGCAUGAGUGAGGCAAGGUCAAGUUUUUCGUGUUACGAGCAUCUUCCUACGGGUGUCCUCAGCUGCAGGUAGCUAAAGGUCAGUCCUCGCAAUCUUUUUUUUGUCUGCUGACCAGUAACCCGCUUCAUCAUGGGCAACACAAACAGCGGGAAACGAGAACGUGCCUUCUCCAGCGAAGUACCUUGCUCGCCCGGAAAGGAGGAUCGUGCCCUUGAAUUUAAUACGCAUCGGUUUCAUGGCCAAAACUCGCUGGAAGAGAACGAGGAAUUCCUCAAUAGUCUCCGCCAGUCAGAAGAGUAUGUAAGACCACGUGCAUCCACGGUGUCGGGCACCUCUUCAUCGGUACCCAUACAAGGCGGCAAAGGCGGUGUUCUCCCUACCGUAUUCAAGUGGGAAAAAGGUGGUAAAGAUGUCUCCAUUUGCGGUACGUUUACCCAAUGGAAACCCAUUCAGAUGGUGAAAAGCCAUGGCGAUUUUGUGAUUAUUCUUGAUGUCCCUGAAGGUGAACAUGAGUAUCGGUUCAAGGUGGAUGGUCAUUGGCACCUUGAUGAGACUGAGCCCACGGUCGAGGCAGAGGAAGGACAGAGUAAGAACAACGUCAUUAAGGUAAAGCAGUCCGAUUUCGAGGUGUUCGAAGCCUUGGCGGUGGACUCGCUCUCAACGCAGUCGGCUAAUGCUGUAUCACGUUCUCCGCCAGGUGACUACUCGCAGGAGAUUCCCACAAAAUUUGUUCAGGAGCCUGCGGCCAACGGAGGCAAACAACAGGGUCCGCCUAUACUUCCUCCCCAUCUUCUGCAAGUCAUCUUAAACAAGGACAUCCCGCUAUCCUGCGAACCGACCCUUUUACCGGAGCCCAAUCAUGUUAUGCUUAAUCACCUCUAUGCAUUGUCAAUCAAGGACGGCGUCAUGGUCCUUUCGGGGACACAACGCUACCGUAAAAAAUAUGUCACCACUUUGUUGUAUAAGCCCAUUUAAAGGUCUCCCACUCAACCUUGUCAUAUAUCGUGCUGAUAGUCCUUACUGAAUCAGAUAGAGACUACGGUGACAGAAAACUCAAAAACCAAGGCGAGAAAAGAAAAGUCUUCUAUUAAUUAAGGAAACGAAAAUGUCACGCAGCACGAAUAGCAAAAUGCAUCAUCAAGUAAAUUUGACACUGGGCGUUGAACCGAAAACGAACGGCAUCUUAUGACAUACAAUAUUAAUGUUAAUUGGUUAUUGGUAAGUAAGGCUAGAAUAAUCUAUUAGAGUACUUGGGACAGAGCUUCACGCUUAAAUAGAUUUAUAUAGAUUACUUGAUGUAUCUUCGCUAUGCACUCGACGAAUACGCUUGGAUAAGAGAAUUUUGUUAUAUCUUUCUAUCAGUAGCCCAGUUCAACCCAGCUUCUUUCGAAGUAUUUGGUUUUUCUUUAGAACCAUGGAAAUUUAUCAAACUAAAUCACGAUUUUAGCCUUUGACUUUGCGAUGGCUAGGCAACGUCUUUUAGCCCCACUUUUUCCAUACGGUACUUCAAAACUAUUUUCUGUAGUACCGGUACGGGCAUUCCAGUCCCAGUAAGUCUCGAAAAUUCAGUAAUCAAAACAUCGAUUUGAGGUAGUUUUGAACGCAUAUAUAUGUAUAUAGAUGUUUUCCAUGUUAUCAAUGCCUCGGAGGCAUUCUAUAAUGCUAACAAGUGAAGGUCUGUGUUUGCUGAGCAGUUAAAGUCAAACGGGUUUCUUAUAAAGACCUACCUGGAUAGAAAUGAUUCUUGUUGUUGGAAGGAAAAUAGUUCACACUAUAUGCAGCAUACUCGUAUAAAUGACUCGUCGAAAGCAUUUAUAUAAGUAAGGCUGUUGUUGGUUCUAUGUACAUAUAAAGCUACCUGUCUUGAAGUCAAGGCAGUAUUAAUAAUAAAAAAUAUAACAACAAUAUCAAUAGCUGGAACCACAAAAUAUUAUGACAUACACUAACCUUCAACUACAGCUCUGUUGUAUGAUCAGACACCGUUUGAACCAGACUAAUGCAUAUAUAUGGAUAUGUAUGCAUACUAACAGAUUGACAUAUAUUAGUGUGUAUGUGUGUGUAAAUAUACGGACAACAUAGAAGUUUACUAAUGGCGCAUAUAUGUGUAAUUUGAAUUUCCAGAAUCAUGGGUUCGCUACAGUUCUUGAGGAAUGAUAAUUUACAAUGUAAAAUAUGAAUGCAUAUACAUACACACAUUUAUCUUAUGCUAAUUAUAAUUAUAUACGAACUGUUUGAUCGUUGUAUGGUGACGAUAUUUCUAGUCUGUAACGAAAUCAGAUUUUCAUUUGUUUUUCUAGUUGGAUAUAAUAU